AUGGCCGCCCCACCUCCGCGCUCGGCAUCACCCCCCCCACCCCAACCCACCGUCCUCAUCCCGCUCAAAGUAGACGCCUUCGCGCUCAACUCCAUAAUCAGCUACCCAAUCGAGAACCACCCCUCCCUCAUCGCCCCCAUCACCCAGCCAAACUACACCUUCCUGCGCCUCAGCGCUGACGUCCUACAGCCGGACAUCGUCCCCUUCACCGACCUGCACACCGCCGGCGUCAACGGGCGCAACCCUCGCCUCUAUGACCUCGGCGCCAACACAAUCCGCGAGAACCGCGUCGGUGUGUAUCUCACUUGGCUGAUCCCGCGGGUCUACCGUGCUGGGUCGGCGUCUACUAGGAAUCCCCCGUCGCCGCCCUCGCCCUCGCCCACGCCCUCGCCCACGCCGACUCCCACCCCGCCCGUCGACAACUCCGCUCCAUCAUUCAUCUCCGCCCCCGUCCGCUGGCUCGUCGUCCGUGUCAUCACCGACGCAACCACCAUCCUGCCCACCACCGCCCAGACCCAACUCCCCCUCCUGCAAGCCUGGGUGAUCGAGAGCGACCGCAAGCGCCUCAUCGACGACCUCGACGCCACCGUCGACCUGCAGACCGACGUCAGCCCAUUCAUCGACCCCGGCGGCGCCAACACCGACCCCGACAUCAGCACCCAGGCCGAAGUCUUCAUCGGCUACCGCGCCGACGCCUCCGGGUGGAAAGAGGACCCCGAUGCCUCCCGCGUGCCGCUGUGUCUCGUCAACAGCGCCAACCACCUCUUUGCAGACUUCCAGCCCCAUAACGGGAAUGUGUUUAGCAUGUGUGACGGGUUCGACUACGUCGAUGCGUACGGGAACACCCAGAAGGCGGAGAACGUCACCGCGAGUUACUAUGUCCUCGGCUGGCACUCGGAUCCGACGCAGGACCUGUUCUAUGUUGACCCUGCGGCGACGACGCCGCCGAACCACACCGCGGUGCUGGAGGCGCUGAAUAUGGUGUUCCCGCCGGCGAUGGCGGGGACACCCGAUGUGACGGCGUUCAUGGAUGAGAAGAACACGGCGGGGACACGCCUGCUGUGCCAUGGCGCCAUCUAUGAUGUCGAGUGGGAUCACGCGGGGCGGCCAACAAACACCCCCGCGGACGACCAGGGGAUGUUGUUGGCGGGGGACAUGCCCGUCGCAGUGGGCACAACCCCGCUGGACGCUCUGCUAGCAUAUGUUGCCGCGCACAAGGACGACGCGGCGGCGACGCAUGACGUCAAGGAGCUCGAGAAUCACCUGUUUAGGCUGCAGGCGCUGCUGCUGGCGCAGAGCGACAGCGUUGAUGAUGUCCGCCAGGCGGCGGACGAGUUGAGUGCCGGUAACUAUGUGCGGACAAAGACGGGGACGCAGUACCAUUUUGCUGUUGCGGCAAAUGGUGGGGCGCCGGCGGGUGGGGACAGCGCAUCGCCAAUGGUCCCGACACAGGAUAAUAUUGAUACGUUGAGGACGCUGAACCAGAAUAGCUAUGCGUAUGAUAUGGCGGCCAUGGCGGUGGAGAGGAAGCGGUGGGAGCUGUUUGGGGUGUGGUGGGAGUAUGUGGGGCUCGUGAAGGCUGACAAGAGGGCAAACCAGCCGGAGUAUACGAAGAGGGCAGGGGAUCUCAGUAAUGAUAUCAGUAAGCUCGAGGGCCAGAUGAAUACAUUUCAGCAGAACAUCAACACUGCAACGACACACCUAAGCCCACUGAAGGUGAAGGCCGCCGCAACGCCGCCGGCCUUCCAGACGCGGGACCCAACACUCAUCGUCGGCGGGAUCGAGAGCGGGUGGCCCGUAGACUACCUCAAGAAGCUCGUCGUCCGUCUCCAGUCCGAGGUAGUAACCACCGUCCCAUCGCCGCCCUCGCAACCCGCCGGCUGGGCCGACUUCUCCACGAUGGUGGCCAGCAAGAUGCCAACCGCGGAGCUUACAACCACCGCCGCCGCUCUCCUCAACGAGUUCCUCCUCCUGCACGGCUGCGACACUCCCCCACUCCCACAGCGCCGCCCCGCCGCCCCCGAGCCCUGGCGCGACCGCUGGAACAGCACGCAGCCCUGGUUCCCGCUUUUCCUCGAGUGGGAGGUCGAGUACACGCACAUCCCGUACGACGGGUGGGCGCUCGAGGAAAAGACCAGCCGCGGCGCCACACACGCGCAGCUCCGCUGGGCCAUCUCGGAUGACUACAUGCCGCUGUACAACUACGACACCAACACCAAGACCAAUCCCAAGGGUAAGCAGCUGGACGAUAAGCGCACGCUCUCCGGCCGCGUCCUGAUCCUCCCGCAGCCAAACUUCUCGCUGGUGGAGAAGCUCGAGCAGCUGUUCAAGUCGACGCCGCACCACAUCCUCAACAAAGUCAUCAAGCCGCCGGAACAGAAGAAGUUACUCGAUACUCUGUGGGAGCUGCCGUUCCUAUCAGCACCGCUGUCGGGGCUGACGGAUCACCUUCUGACGCUGGUGCAGGGCACACACAUCAAGCCGCUUGUCCGGCGGCCCAAAGCGGCGCCCACGCCACUCGCGGAGGCGGUGAAGGCCGCGACGAAAAUCGGCUUCACGCCCGCCAUGAUGUCGCAGAUUGGGAAAAACACAGACCUAACACCGUACGGCAGUCUCGUGCAGUUUCUGGGCUCCACGCACUGCGCGUUCAAGCCCGUCACGCACGGCCAGAUGCGGUUUACAAAGCUCAACAUCAUCGACCGCUUCGGACAGGCCAUCAGCGCCAUCGACCCGUCCCAACAGACGCCGCCCCCGCUCUACCCGGCCAUCAGCGACUUCUAUGCACCUGCCAUGCUACCCGAUGGCACUGCGAACGGGAUCACGCAGGAGGCGGCGGGGGUGUGCGAGUACAUUCAGCUGCCGCCGGCAAUUAACCAGCCCGCGCGCCUGUCGUCGUGGUUCCUCAUGGAGAACGAGGCGGGGACAAACUGGCGGCCGGCCGCAGAGUGGGAGAACCCCAUCUGGGGAUGGAUCGUCAUCAACUACCCCGACCGCGGAAUCCAGCUGUUUACCACCGCCGGCACGUUCUACACCGAGGUGCGCCUGGGCGGGCAGGACACAGGGAAUCCGUCGCCAAAGUGGCUACCGUUUCCGCCGCCGACGGCGGCAGACGAGAGACUCGACCAGUUGGCGGCGCAGAUACAGAGCGACCAGGAGUGGCUGGAGUCGUUCAUGGUCAUGAUCUCAGAGGCGCUGUCGAAAGCGCCCGCUGCCCCAACGGCAUACGCAGAGUUCCUCACUGCCAUUGUCGGCAAGCCCCUGGCGCUGACGGCGAUGGGGUGGUCGCUCGAGCUUACCACGGACGCGCUCACGCAGCAGUCCACGCUCAACAACAACCUCCUCCCCGAGCGGUACCUCCUCACGGACCCCAAGGACCCAGGCAGAAAGACAUACACCUUCCCCGUCAAGCUCGGGGACGCAAACCGGUCGUACGACGGCCUCGUCGGAUACUUCCUCCCCUCCGCGCCAACACCGCCAACACCGCCCCCCAGCCGCCUCACACUCGACCUCUCCGCCGUCCACUCCUUCUUCGGCGCCGGUGGAAAGGCCGUCGUCGACAUCGACAGCACCGCAUACCCCUCCUUCGCCCCCUUCUGGCCCGACCCAUCCACGGCCACCGCCGCAGACAUCGACACGCUGCGCAUCGCAAACAUGAGCAUCUUUGGCGCCAUCGUGGACCCCUUCGCGCCCGUGCACGCCUACAGCUCGUUCCUGCCGCCGGCGGCGCUGGUGCUGCCGCCGUGGACGUGGCAGGGCGCGAUGGACAAGAUGACGGCGUUCUUUAGGGUUGGCCCGGUGCUGCUGACGGGCGAUGUGCCGCCGUGGACGGGGAAUGAGAGCCAUGCGCUGGCGGCGGGGUAUGAUUUGGCGAAGAAGGGGGCGGUGGUGCCCGGCGCUGGAGUGGGCGUGCCGGUGGGGGUGGCGGAGUGGGCGUGGUUGCAGCCGUAUGUGCAGGGGACGGGGGGGGGGAGGGGUUUUUGCCGCUGGGGAUUGAGAAGACGGAUGGGAGGCCGAGGUUUGAGGGGGGGCCGUAUACGGCGGUGGAGGGGUAUUUGCAGUUGA